GGCAUCACUUGUCAACUGUCAUCCUUAUAGCGUGCACUACAAAAUUUAUUUGACCCACGAGAACGAACAAAAAUGAAUUCUGAGCCAAAUCGCAAGCCCACUCCUAUGGAAGUGGAGGAAAUUGAGAAUGAGGAGACGCGCUCGGAUAAUCCGCAGCCAGAGGAAGGUGAGUCUGCGAAUGGGGAGGCAAAUCUCUCGGAUGACGAAUCAGAAAUGGAGCUGGCCAGCUUCAAUGCCAGCGGCAGUACCUCGCCUGCCGCUAAGGAAAGCAAGAAGGGCACCAUCUACAUAUCCCACUUACCCAAAGACAUGGCCGUGACCAGCAUGUUGCGAAUCUUUGGCGAGUACGGCGCCAUCGGCAGAGCUUUCCUGCGGUCGAAGAAGCUGUCAAGUAAGUCUCCUGAUAUCAUCUUCACCGAGGGUUGGGUGCAAUUCAAUUCGAAACGUGUGGCCAAACAGAUCGUUCCACUGCUUAACAACAAGCAGAUAUCCACGCGCAAGAAGUCCCGAUUCUAUGACUCGCUGUGGAGCAUGAAGUACCUGCCGCAGUUCAAGUGGACCCGUCCAACCGUUCUCGUGGCCUUGGGGCAGGAGGGGCUCGUGGUACCCCUUGAGGCAAAUCCCUCGGAUGCCGACGAUGAAAUGGAGCUGGCCAGCCUCAAUGACACCGGCAGUUCCUCGGCUGCCGCGAAGAGAAGCAAGAAGGGCAUCAUCUACAUAUGCAACAUACCCAAGGACAUGACCAUUGCCCGCCUGCGGGAGAUCUUGGGCAAGUACGGCGCCGUCGGCAGAGCUUACCUGCAGUCGCAGAAGCUGUCAGAUAAGUCUCCUCAUAUCAUCUUCGCCGAGGGUUGGGUGGAAUUCAAGUCGAAACGUGUGGCCAAACAGAUCGUUCCCCUGCUGACCAACAGGCAGAUAUCCACGCACAAGAAGUCCCGAUUCUAUGACUCGCUGUGGAGCAUGAAGUACCUGUCGCACUUCACCUGGGCCAAUCUACCCAAGCUCCUAAACUCGCAGGCCACACGCUUCCAGUAAAAUCUCGAGUUCAACAAGAAGAACGCGAAGAAGGCAUCUUAUGUUAACAAGAUUGCAAAUAAACUUAAAUAAACACACUUAGGGGUUUCUAACACUUAUUUACAGCACAAAAAUUAAAUAAUUUUUAAUUAA